GGGGUUUACCCAAAAAAAAAAACGACGCGACAUCGCUUUCCGUUCCCGUUACGUGAUUAAGGUGAUUUUGCCCAAACGGGAGAGAUUCAUCAAAGAUUUCAUCCAUUUCGCUUAGAGAAAGUGAGUCGUCGAAUCUGAGGUCCUAAGGAAGAAGUAAGAGGGAUAUGGGUCUGCUCUCUAAUCGAGUCGAUAGGGAGAGCUUGAAGCCGGGGGAUCACAUCUACUCUUGGAGGACUGCUUAUAUCUACGCCCAUCACGGCAUAUAUAUCGGAGACGACAGAGUUAUUCAUUUUACCCGACGUGGUCAAGAAGUAGGAACUGGUACACUGGUAGAUCUUCUUUUGGUGAGCUCGGGACCUGCUCGAUCCCGAGCACCCUGCCCCAAUUGCACUCCACCAGAUGAAGGCCAAGGAGUUUUAUCUUCAUGUCUCAACUGUUUUCUCGCUGGUGGUGUUUUAUACCGGUUUGAGUAUGCUGUUACCCCUGCUCUCUUUCUAGCCAAAGCACGUGGAGGAACUUGCACUCUUGCAGUUGCUGACUCCAAUGACGUGGUGGUGCAUCGUGCAAGAUACUUACUUACCAAUGGUUUUGGGUGCUAUAACAUUUUUAAGAACAAUUGCGAAGACUUUGCUAUCUACUGUAAAACCGGGCUCCUUGUAGUGGAUCAAGGACCACUUGGACAGAGCGGCCAAGCAGUAUCCAUCGUAGGUGGUCCAUUGGCUGCUGUGAUGUCUACACCGCUACGACUUGUCACCACCAAUGUGUACGGGAUGGUCGCCACAGCUGUAGGUGUCUAUUGUGCUAGCAGGUAUGUUGGUGAUAUUGGUAUGAGGAAAGAUGUGGUCAAGGUCUCUGUGGAGGACUUGACCAGGAGAAUGGCAGCAGGCUUAUUGCAGGUGAUGGAGCCCCAAAUCUUAGCUGCUCCUGCCCUUGAAUCUCAUUAGUUUGCCUCCACAACUCUCUCAUCCUUGGUUGGUCAAUAAUUGCGAGGGCUUUCAGUCCUCGCGCAUGGUUUGCUUGGAAGUUAAAACAUUGAAUAUUGUAAGAGUGUAUUAAUUGUAUCUCAAUCGCGGUUUCUUUGUAUCAUCGCAUAUGGUUUAUGGAUUAAUUUGCUAUAUUUUAUUUGUUUUUAGAAGUUUAUUCGUGGAUCACAUUAUUUCACCAUUAGUUUUGGAUCAGAA